CAUGAAAGUCCCAAAUGAGUUAGAAUGCUAGCUCCGAAGGCUUCCAAAGCGAUGGAGUAUGUCACAAUUUCAGCUCAUCAGUGCCACAGAGCGGAUCCGUCUUCAACACAAACCCCGCGUUUUCCUACAUCACCACUAUGAAAUGCCCUUUCUCUUUUCUUUCUGUAGUAGCUCACUGAGCUUUUUGAGACGGGCUCGCGACUGAAUCGCAAAACAGGCGCAAUGACAUACGUCUACAUUUCGCAACUUGAUGCAUUCACCCUCUACCAUAUCACCAACGAGGUAGAGGCGCGCAGAGACGUAGCCGGACCCGCACUUCCAGCUCUCGGCCAUGCAACCUCCGGCGCAGCUGGAACGGCCAUCUCGAAGCUCCUCACGUACCCUCUUGACCUUGUCAUAACCCGCCUGCAAGUACAGAGACAGAUCCACCCCGACGACAAAGAUGCAGAUUAUAAGGGCAUCCGUGAUGCGGUAGAGAAGAUAUACAAAGAGGAAGGAGGCAUCAAGGCAUUCUACAGCGGGGUGCUCCCAGAGACGUUGAAAGGGGUCGCGGACAGCUUUCUGUUCUUCUUCGCAUAUAACUACGUCAGGCAAAAGCGACAGAUAUCCCUGGGCUCGAGUAAGCUGUCAAUGCUGGAAGAAAUCAGCGUAGGUGUGAUAGCGGGCGCUUUCUCGAAAUUCUGGACGACGCCGAUACAGAACGUCGUGACAAGGAAACAGACGGCAGCCAUGGUCGCAUCCAGAGACCCAACGUCUUCGACCUCCCCAGACCUCAGCGCAAAGGAUAUUGCGCUCCAGAUCCGGCAUGAGAAGGGACUGCAAGGCUUCUGGUCGGGCUAUUCUGCGAGCUUGAUCCUCACCUUGAAUCCGGCCAUCACAUUCCUGCUCCAUAAGGUCCUUCUACGGGUACUAGUACCUCGCGAUCGGCGGUCUGAUCCAGGAGCCCGAAUUACGUUCCUGCUGGCUGCAAUAAGCAAGGCGCUGGCAUCGACCGUCACAUACCCCUUCUCACUCGCAAAGACGCGAGCGCAGGUCUCCUCGCAGAAGCCAUCUCAACCCACGGCUCCCGCGCCAGAGACCGAGAAAACGGAGGAUGUGAUCAAGGCAAAGGUUGCGCAAGCAAGGCAACGAACCGUCUUCAGCACCAUUCUUCGCAUCGCGAAGACGGAAGGACUGCAGGGUCUGUACGAUGGGCUAGGCGCCGAAGUACUGAAGGGCUUCUUCUCGCACGGCAUCACGAUGCUUAUGAAAGACCGGAUCCACACUCUCGUCAUCAACUUGUACUACCUCAUCCUGAAGGCAUUGAAGAAGUAUCCGAGCCGGGAAGAGCUGGCGAGCAUGGCGUCUGAACAGGCAAAGAAUGCGUAUGAGCAGGGGAAGGAUCAGCUCGGGGAUGCAUAUGCGAGAGGUGCAGAGGCGAUGGCGAACGGAUCGCAACAGGCUGGGGAGCUCUUUAGGAGGGGUAGGGAGGCGGCAAGUUAUGCGUCGAAGCAGGUAAAGGACGUGGACGGGGACUGAGGUCAACCAGUCGAAGCGGGGUAUGGUCGUGGAUUGAGUAUCGAGCGGUGGCGACCCAAAAGGCAACAACGUGUAAAUUGUAUGUGAACCGGGUUCUUAAUGCUUCCACUGUACAUAUAUGCCGGCGUAUAUAGUUACUCGUUAUGGCAAAUUGGAUGAACGCGGACGCGUCUCCUCGG